AUGACUGUCAGAAACCCUAAUAAGCGCAUCGGCAUAUACUACGACAGUAUCGAAGCUAGGGUUUUCUAUGAAGGUCAGAGAUUUAAUAGCAUCCAACUGACCCGAUUCUAUCAGGGUCACAAGAAUACCACUACUUUGAAUGCCGUGUUUAAAGGGCAGAAUUUGGUUUUGCUUGGAAACAAAGAGGCUUCGAAAUUUAAUGAAGAGAAAUCAUCUGGGACUUUUAGUAUUGAUAUGAAGCUUUAUCUUCGAAUUAGGUUUAAGGUUAGUGUGUUUAAAAGUCCCAAGUUCAAGCCCAAGAUUGAGUGUGAUUUGAAGGUUCCUCUGGACUCUAAUGGCGGAUCUUCUGGUAGCUUUGAGGCUACCAAGUGUAAACUCGAUUGGUAG